UUAUUGAUAAGAUAAGAACUGCGAACAAAAUAAUAAAACGAUAUUUUAAAUUUUAUGUUUUCACAUGUCUGAAAUCCAAAGAUACGUUUUAGCGGCAGACGUAAUAUUUUAUACGUUUAAAAAUUAUGUCAACGAAACUUGAAGCGGAAAACGAAGUAGCUAUCAACGAUAAUAACAAAUCACUCGUUCAUAAUUUUCAAAUCAGGCCUGCACACAAUCAAAAAUUUAAAACACAUUUAGCAAAAGAAGUUAUUCAAGAAACUCUUUUAAAAUAUCUAAAAGAUAAAGAGUAUAAUCAAAUUCAAGCUGAAGUACUUAGCAAAACUAUUGCAAGUGAAAUUAAGGAUAAACUUAAAGAUCAGUGUUUGGCCAGCCGUUACAAGUUAAUGGUUCAAGUUGUUUUGGGUGAACGACACGGUGCUGGUACAAAAGUUGGAGCUCGUUGUAUUUGGGAUGCUGACACUGACACACAAGCUUCUGAUCAUUUUUUAAAUGAAACUAUAUUUUGUAUGGCAGCAGUGUUUGCUGUGUAUUUUUAUUGA